AACAGAGAAAUCUGCACCAGGUUUGAGACAGCACCCAAUGCUGCUGGAGUAAAAUCUUAGCAAGCGCAAAUGCCUUUUAAAUUGAACUCUGCAGGUUUGCUGUGCAUGCUGGCGAGGGACAGAGGUGCAGAUGGCAUGCAGUGGACCCUGUGCCUUUUGACUGAUGUCCUGGGCUCAGGGCAGGAAUAGGAAGCAAUAAGUAUACACACAGCAUCCCUGGGGCACUGGAAACUUUCAAGGAAGAUGGUUCAUCAGAACGAAUAAUAAUAUGGCUCCAUCAAGGACCAACUCUCUCCUCAUCUUCUACCUCAGUGUCUUGCUGCUCAUCUUUUUAAAAAAGUCACUUUGUGCAAAAGAUGGUCCCAGGUGCCUGUCAAACUCUUGCCAAAAGGUCUCUGAAUGUAGUGCUGCUGCUGCUACCGCUACAAAGGGGGCUGCUUGCCACUGUCCAGAUGUGUCGUUGGGUGACAUGCCAGCAGAAGAUUGUGCCCAAACAUCCAGUGACCCUUGUGCCUCCAGCCCUUGCCUCCAUAAUGCUACCUGUUCAAGUGCUGCAGGAAACCUCAGCUUUACUUGCCACUGCCUCAUGGGGUACACUGGAGCUACCUGCGAAACUGUCCUCAGGACAUGUGACUUGCAUUUUUGUAGGUAUGGAGGCACUUGCCAGGAGGAUCCGAAUGGUCCUGCCUGUCUCUGUACUGAAGGAUACACGGGUAUAUACUGUGAAAUGGACCUUGAUGAAUGCCUUUCCAACCCUUGCCUCAAUGGGGCAGUUUGCAGAGACAGGAUCAAUGGAUAUGCCUGCUACUGUGUUCCAGGCUACCAAGGGAAGCACUGUGACCUAGAAGUGAAUGAAUGUGUUUCGGAUCCUUGCCUGAAUGGUGCAACGUGCCUGAACUUGAUAGGGAAGUACGACUGCCUUUGCCCUCUUGAAUACACAGGUAUCAACUGUGAGCUGGAAAUUGACGAGUGUUUGUCACAGCCUUGUCUUAAUGGUGGAACCUGUCAUGAUAGUCUGGGGGGCUAUUACUGUUCCUGUCCACUUGGCUUUCUCGGUGAUCUCUGUGCCGUCAACACUGAUGAAUGUGCAAGUCAGCCAUGCCUCAAUGGGGGGCAGUGUAUAGAUGAUAUCAAUGGAUAUACCUGCAACUGUACAGACAGUGGAUAUAUGGGCCUGCACUGUGAAAUGUUAAUUCCUUUCUGCUGGUCACAUCCAUGUUAUAACAAUGCAACCUGUGAGGAUACAGCGGAGAGUUACAUAUGCCACUGCUGGUCAGGCUAUGCGGGGUCACACUGUGAAAUUGACAUAAACGAGUGUAACAGUAAUCCAUGCCGCCAUGGGAGCGAAUGUGUGGAAUUAUCAUGGUCAAACUGGUAUGGAGCGAUUCUAGAGCUACCCUCAGAGUUCAGCUACCAUACAGCAUCAGGUUAUGUGUGUCACUGUCGUUCAGGAUUCACAGGUAUUCACUGUGAAGAAGACAUCAAUGAAUGUCAUAUGAACCCAUGCCAAAAUGGAGGGACCUGUGAGAACACUGUUGGAAAUUAUACCUGCCACUGCCCAGCUAGAGAGGAGAAUGGGAUAUUUUAUGGUGGCUGGAACUGUACAGAAGUCCUACUUGGCUGUGUUCAACAUAAAUGCCAAAAUGAGGGAUUGUGUAUUCCUCACUUAAGAAAUGGACAACACAGAUUUAGCUGCCUAUGUUCAAAUGGCUACACCGGAGUACACUGUGAAACAAUGACUACAUUAUCUUUUCAGGGAAAUGGAUUCCUUCAGAUUAACAGUCUCACCGCCCCUACACAAGACUGUUUCUAUAACAUGAAUCUCCGAUUUCUGACUGUUCAACCAACAACUUUCAUAUUUUAUCGUGGGGACAAGGAUGCAUUUGUGAAACUAGAGGUACUGAAUGGCUACUUACACUUAUUCAUACAAAUAAAUAACCAGUCAAAGGCCGUGCUGCAUGUAGCACAUAAUGUCAGUGAUGGAGAAUGGCACUCAGUGGAGGUAACCAUUGCAAGGACAAUUACUCUUAAAUUACUUGAUAGCUUUUGCACAGAAUCUUGUCUCAGUGAAACUUCAAACCCUAUAGAUAGCAACCAGACCAUGUUUGCUUUCAAGAGCACAUUUUUGGGUGGUUUGCCAGGGAGGAACAGGAGUGAUGACUCUUUACUUAGCAUCUAUAACAUGCAUCCUACACCUUCAUUUGUAGGCUGCCUUCAGGACAUUGAAAUAGACUUGAACCUUAUUAUCCCAGAGAAUAUACCUUCUGACUCAUCUUUAAAUGUUAAGGCAGGCUGCACAAAAAAGGACUGGUGUGAACAUCACCCGUGUCAAAACAAAGGGCGCUGCAUCAACUUAUGGCUGAGCUAUCACUGUGAUUGCUAUAGGCCUUACACUGGGCCAAGCUGUACUACAGAAUACAUUCCAGCACGAUUCGGUCAUGAGGAAUCCAUAGGAUAUGCUGCUUUCCCCCUAGAGAGUAAUGGUUAUGAAACUGCAACCAUAUCAAUGUUUGUUCGAACACGCAAGGCUUCUGGCUUGUUGUUUUCUUUGAAAAAAGGCACACUGCUGCUUCUCAAGGUCUGGCUGGAAAAUGGGAAACUCAUCAUGUCCAGUCCAAGCUCUAGCAAACUCCAAGGAACACAGCCUGUCAAUGAUGGAAAUUUCUAUUUUAUCACUAUAAAAAUAGAGCUAAAUAAGAUUGAGCUAAUCCAAUCAUCACAAAACCUAGGCUAUAUUUCUUCACCAGUAGUGAAAAUCCAGAGGGGUGAUAUUAUCUACAUUGGAGGAUUACCAGAAAACCAAGAAACCCAUAUAAAUGGUGGGUAUUUCAAAGGCUGCAUUCAAGAUUUAAGACUGAACAACCAGCUACUGGAAUUCUUCCCUGUCACUACUUCGGUGAAUUCUGUCAUAAAAAACCCCACUCUGAUCAACAUAGCCCCAGGCUGCACUGGAGACAACCUCUGCAAGUCCAACCCAUGUAAGAACGGUGGUGUUUGCUAUUCCAUCUGGGAUGACUUCACUUGCACCUGCCCACCAAAUACAGGUGGUAAAGCAUGCGAGGAAGUGAAGUGGUGUGAACUCAGUCCAUGCCCUCAUGAAGCCCAAUGCCAGCUGGUGUAUCAAGGAUUUGAAUGUAGCGCCAAUGCCAUCUUUAGUGGCAGAAACAGUGCUGUAUUUUAUAGAAGCAAUGGGAAGAUCAAGAGAGACCUCACCAAGAUAGCCUUUGGCUUUCGGACUCAAGACUCAGAUGUGAUACUGCUUUAUGCUGAGAAGGAGCCAGAGUUCAUCAGCAUUAGCAUCCAGAAGACUAAAUUAGUGUUUCAGCUGCAAAGUGGCAACAGCUUCUAUGGGCUGAACCUGGCUAGCUCAAAAUCAGUGAAUGAUGGAAAGUGGCACCAAGUGACCUUUUCCAUGGUAGAACCCCCAUCUCAGUCAUCAACAUGGCGCAUUGAUCUAGAUGGUGAGAAAGACAGUGCAACAAGUAUAGUCACCACAGGAAACCUCAACUUCCUAAGAGAAGGGAUAGAUAUCUACCUGGCUGACAAACCUUUUGACAAUCUGGAUGGGCUAAGAGGGUGCAUGAGCACCAUAGAGAUCAGUGGAAUCCAUCUUUCCUACUUUGACAGUGCUGAUGGCUACACUAAAAGACCGCAAAAAGAGCAAUUCCUCAAAAUAUCUGCCAAUUCUAUUGUCACUGGCUGCUCUCAGUUGGAUGCCUGCAGCUCAAACCCUUGCAUGCAUAAUGGGAUAUGUGAAGACUUCUUUACUUAUUAUCAUUGCACAUGUGCCAAGGGAUGGACUGGGACUAACUGUGAGAUCAACAUUGAUGAAUGUGCAUCCAAUCCUUGUGUGCACGGAAACUGCAGUGACAGAACUGCAUCAUACACAUGUACAUGUGAUCUAGGAUACACUGGGGCAAGGUGUGAAGAAGACAUAAAUGACUGCCAUGGUCAUCUAUGUGCAAAUGGAGCCACCUGUAUGGAUGGAAUUAAUGGUUAUUCCUGCCUGUGUGUUGGGAACUUUACUGGAAGAUUUUGCAGGCAAGUACGGCCCCCUUCGACAGUAUGUGGGAACGAGAACAGAAGUCUGACCUGUUACAACCACGGCAACUGUUCUGAGCUCCAAGGAUUCUUAGAGUGCCUGUGCCUACCUGGCUUCAAAGGGCAGCGAUGUGAGGUGGAUAUUAACGAGUGCAAUUCUGAUCCAUGCCUCCAUGGCGGCCUUUGCCAGAACCUGGUCAACAAAUUCCAAUGUAUCUGUGAUAUGAACUACGCCGGUGAACGCUGUGAGAUAGAUACGACAGCUGACCUGGCCUCCAACAUCUUCACCUCCAUCGGCUCAGUAACACUGGCCUUGUUACUGAUCUUCCUUCUGGUAGGUGCAGUUUCCAUCAUAACAGCUAAUAAACGGGCUACCCAAGGGACUUACAGCCCCAGCCGCCAGGAGAAAGAAGGAUCCCGAGUUGAAAUGUGGGACAUGGUACAACCGCCCCCCAUGGAGAGACUGAUCUAGCUAAAACCUUUCCAUGCCUUUCUCUUUCCCUGGAAGCAUCCAGCUGGAAUGGUUGUUCUGAACACCAUGGGAGGGCCCCUCUCUGGAGCGAUGAAGGAUUCUGUCACUGAAUUCACAAACGUUGGCAAGUACCCAAUGUGUUGUGUGCACAAUGCUCCACUUGCAGUUGGAGGUCCUUAAGCUUCUCCUUUCCAAUGGAAGCUCUCUGAACCUCUUGACAUCCAGAAGACACCCCACAGCACCUUUCAAGAGAUCUGGAGAACUGUUGCUUGGAAGGGGAAACCACAAGUACCCAACACAGGCCCAGAGAGGGAGAGAGAGAAAAACAUGGGAACAUCAUGUGGGGAUGGAGCAACUUGUCCAGUUCUCUGUUCUUACACACAUUUAUGACUGAAACAAAUGCACCCCACCUCUCCCUUUCUGGGAACUCUUAUUUAUUGCACUGGAAGUCAUGGCUUUAGCAUAAUCAGUUUAGAUUAUGAAGACACAAAUGACUUUUGGGAUAUAUUUUAAGUGCCUGCAUUUUAGAUAUAGCCAAAUCCACUACUUUGGUUUCUGAUUCCCUUUGGCCUGCUACUUCAGCAUUCUGCACCACUGAAAAAGACUGUAUAAUCCAUCUGUCAUUCAACCAUCACUUUGUCUCAAGAGGUUUUAGAACUAGAGAGCCUUCUCAGCAGUACAUCUACUUUAAUUCUUGAACAAGGGACUAAAUUAAUACUAUUGGGGGAAAGCCCUUCAUGCAGCAAAAUAAAUAUUUCAGGCAGCGAGGUGUUUUCUCUUUGUCGCAUUCAUUUCAUCUUCUGUUCCACUGUCUUGUUCUAAUACACAAUGGGAAUUGUGCAGCCACCCAGAUGUUACUGAACUGCUGCUCCCAGGGUUCCUUUCCCUAGAUUGUAAUAGAAAAGGCUGCUGGGAGUUAGGAGUUCAACAAGGGCUACUCCAUUGUCAUCUCUGUCCUAAAGGAUAAGCAUUUAGUUUGCAAUCCUACAUGCACAUAUUUGGGAGAUGGUCCCACUGAACUUAGGUGGACUAAACAUCAGUAUCUAUUCUAGACCCAUUAGAUGCCACCUCUGUUGACAUAAGG